UGUCAAGUCAUGUAUGGUACUCCAACUCUUUUUGCUUUUUUCAUUUUACUAUUUGUCUUUAUUUUUCUUACUUUACUUUUUCUAUUCGGUUUUAAUUUUUUUUCCCCCUAAUUUACUAGCCUUUUCUCUCACGGUAGCGUUAUAUAGCCCACACCUCCAUGUACACUUCUGACAGGUCCAGACUGGGCCAAAAGUGUUCAUUUACGUUGCAACUUUCCUGCCAAACAAAAUCCAGACCUUUUCUGAUAGUACUAGGAUUGAUGUAUGAAAGACAGUCUAGGCAAACCUGGCAUGCCCCCCCGGCGCUUUUCUGUAAAUUUCCCUGCGGUGCAGUGGUCGUC